AUGAUAUUGACGGCUACGCCUCCACCUGUCUUCGAGUGUGGUUUUGAGAUCAACAUCUUCGACGCAUGGUGUGGCGUAACUCAAGAAAGCGACGAUGAGUUUGACUGGCUGAAGAAGACAAGUGAUGAUAACACCUUCACAGAUCCCGAGCCUAGUGUAGAUCAUACUACACAUCUUAUACAUGGACACUACCUCUACGCUCAGACAGGUCUCCAUUUGAACGGCCAAUCUGGACAGUUGAAUUUGCCAUUUGUACUCCACAAUUCAAAGCCACAAUGCCUUGAGUUCUUCUAUCAGAUCAGCAAUGACAACGCUGGCCAACUCAACGUCUACCAUUGGUUGCUACUUCAAAGCAGACCCUCCACCCCAAACUGGAAAAGGCUCGAACAAACAGGAGACACCUGGAACCGUGGUAUCGUCACCAUGUCCCAACAGUCAGAUGGUCAUUGGGUUUCGUUUGAAGCUAUCGCAGGUAUAGACACACAGGUUUAUAUUGCUUUGGAUGACGUCACGAUAACCGAAGGCACAUGUCCAUUAGAGAAUUUUACCUGUACAUUUGAGGAGGGUAUGUGUUCUAUCACCCAAGACACAUCAGAUGACAAGGAUUGGCGAAGACAACAAGGGCUUGAUGGAACCAUCUAUUCUUCUCCUACUGUGGAUCACACGCUAGGAACAGAACAAGGAUACUACAUCUUCGUCGAAAACGCGUUUUGGUCCCGCGGUAGUUUCGCCCGGCUGAUCACGCCAACUCUCCGGGGUGUGGCCGAUGGGAGCCCCGAAGCUUGUCUCACGUUCUUCUACCACAUGAGCGGGGAGGGAGUGGGAGAGCUGAGGAUCUACACGGUGCCCCUGGACACGAUAAGGGGCGAUCCCGGUUGGGUGCUGGCAGGAAACAGGGGUGAAAAGUGGAGGGGAGCCGAGAUGGAUAUCACUUUGGGAGAUGAUUUCACCAUUGUGUUCGAGUACGUAAGGGGUCCAACAUACAUAGGCCAUGUCGCUUUGGAUGACAUCAGUUUUCAGAGGGGGGAAAUGUGUCCUGGUCAUCACAAGCCACCUUCUGACGCCAAGCAGGCAACAUGUGACUUCGAGGAGAUAGAGAUCUGUGGCUAUGAACAGGACCAGAGUGAUGACGUCGACUGGAUCUGGCAGAACAGGGCCGGUCUUUGGGUUAGUGCUGGACCUGUCUAUGACCAUACCACCAAAGAUGAAUUCGGGUUUUACUUAUACAUAUAUGGGGAGGUGGGACAUCGCAAGACUGCUCGGAUGAUCUCACCAACCAUACCGCAGCAGGUCAGCCAAGCUUGUCUUGAUUUCUGGUGGCAUCUCUACGGGAAUGAUGAACAAAUCCUUAGGGUCUACUGCAUCAAGGAUGGUGAUGAAAUCCCAGACACACCUCUUUUGAGCAUUUCCGGUAACCAUGGUGAUCAGUGGAGAAACAGCAUGUACGAGAUUUCAUCUUCACUUACCCCUUGUAGGUUGGUGUUUGAAGGGACAACUGGUAUCCACAUGCGUGAUGACAUAGCGAUCGACGAUGUCAUUGUCAAUGAAGGCCAAAGAUGUGGUCUAGGUAUGUCAUUUAUCAUCAAUCCUCCAACGACCGUGCCUCCUACAACCAAUAACAUCAACUGUGAUUUCGAGAACACCAAUGAUGCCAUGUGUGGAUGGAGCCAGAGUAUACGAGAUGGGUUUGACUGGGUCCUCUACAGCGGUGAAACCCCAGCUUACAACACCGGUCCUUCCGUCGACCAUACACUGCAAACUGAUCAAGGUCACUAUAUGCUGAUAGACUCUUACGAGGACUUACCUCGUAACUCAAGGGCUGAGCUGAUUUCACCUCUGGUUUCGCCCUCAAACAAUGCCCGUUGCUUCACGUUCUGGUACUUCAUGAACGGCAUAAACACCAACUUCCUCAACAUUUACAUCGUCCCCUACGGUGACACGCAAUCUCUGGAUCCCAACUUUCAGCUAUUCGGCAACAUCGCGUCGCAGUGGUUGGAGGGACGGCUGUCGAUGCCUUCGUCUGCAAGGGCUUUCUACAUCAUCGUUGAAGGAACAAUAACAACUCGACGGUAUUCAGCUGACAUAGCGGUUGAUGACUUCUCGCUGGGAAAUGGCGUUUGUCAAGGAGUUGCACCAAGGUACCCCUUUGUAGCCAACUGUGAUUUCGAAGGUGGCAUGUGUGGUUAUACCCAGCCUGUGGAUAAUUGGCAGGACAAAGACGAGUUUGAUUGGUUCUUAAAUUCUGGACCCACUGGAACAGCUGGAUCUGGGCCUAGUGCCGAUCAUACUAAAGGGACACCUGAAGGUCACUACUUGUACAUCGAGGCUUCGCAGCCCCGUCGGCCGGGGGAUCGAGCUCGGGUCAUCUCCCCAGUCAUCAACUACUUCAACACCAGUUACUGCUUGGUGUUCUACUAUCACAUGAGCGGUGACGACACGGCUUCCUUGACGGUUGUGCAGCGUGGCGAUUACUACGACGAGCUAGAGCUUGUACGCCUGACUGGUCCUGCCGGGGACGGGUGGAAUCCCUAUAACCUUGACAUCAGAACCAAGUACGGAGCCCUUCAAAUUGUCUUUACAGGUACAGUUGGCAACAGUUUUCGCGGUGAUAUUGGUCUGGACGACAUAACCCUUACUCCAGGAAGUUGCGGAAGCAGUAGACCUCGAGUCAUUCAGACCCAAUGUGAAUUCGAGUAUGGUUUAGUACCAGAUAGGUGGUGCCAACUUCAACAAAGUCCCGAUGAUCAGCUCGACUGGCAGUGGUUUGACGUGAAAAGUGGAGAAACGUUUCCGAUGGACUGGCCUGGGCGUGGUUCAUUCAUCUAUGUCAAUGGGACUAACCGAAAACCAGGUGAUGCCGCAGAGUUUCAAACAGUCCGUAAUGGCUUGGGGCUUAAUCACAAUUGCCUCCAGAUGCUUUACGCAAUCCAAGGCGACAUGCGUUUGGAUGUCAUCCGAGUGGCACUUGAUGGCUCGCAGAGUACCCUCCUGUCGUACACCAAACCAACCGACAUGAAACGUGUAAUGUAUCUUGUCGAGACAAAGGGAGUGGAUGAAGACUAUUGGGUUAUAAUGAAGGCUACAGCAACAAGCGAUAAUGGUGGAUUUGUGAUCCUGGAUAAUUUCUUUCUCGACACUGACUUCUGUGGUGUAUGUGAGUGA